AUGGACAGCCUGCAGGGCCGGUUGCCUGGGCCAGAUAGAGUUGAUGAUGCGUCAUUGUCGGAAGAUACUGGCGUGAUAGUUAAUGAUAUUAUUUUGGUUCUUUGGAGAACAUGCCUGGUGUCAACUCACAUGUUCAGUCUCAGUGACUACAGAGUUGGGCAGAUUGAAGAGACCAUCGCCAGCACCGUCCUUCGAUAUGCUUCACAGCUUAAGGUAAUGAAUUUGAUCAUCUCAUCGAGCUACCCGGGUGCAUCUGCUGUCCUGGCUCGAGCGAUUCUGGACGACAUGGUGGACAUGGCGGCGGGUAUGUUCACGGCCAAACGCUUCUUCGAAGAGCUGGCCUCGAGCAAGGCCAUCCUGGCUCUACCCGUGCCGAAGUUCAGCGAGACGGCGGCGGAGCAGGGCUGCGCGGUGUGCGGCCAGCGCUUCCAGGAAGGAGACAAGGUCAGGAUGAUGCCUUGCUCCCACUCUUUCCAUCAGAGCUGCAUCUUCAAGAGGCUUCUUGGCAACAGGGUUUGCCCAUGCUGUCGCUUCACGAUGCCCGCCGCUGACGAGCAAGAUGAUGAUAUGAGCAAGAAGAGGCGGCGCGCAGGUUGA